AUGUCCACCGGUGGAUUCAAGCCCAUCAACAUCAACAACAACACUACCAAGGCCAAGCGAGACAAGCCGCCGUCUCCCCAGUCGCCCUCCUCCAACGGGCUUGAUACACCGACCAACAGCGAAGUGGAGGACUGUGAUUCUGCCGCCUCCACCAAGACCAGUUCAUUCGCUUCUCUGGUCAAAUCACCCACCACUCCCAUCGUCGACUCUGGCAGCCACCAACUCCAAGGACUUGGCCUCGCCGAGAUGUCUCUGAAUGAUGGUCCCACCGGCGCUGGCCAAGAGUCGCCCAGCCGUGGACAGAGCACCAGGGACUUUGGACCCAUCGGACCGAGGCCGAACCUGCCCUCGACUCCCCAGCCGAGCCGUGUUCAGGGGGACCAAGGCUUUGGCCACAACCCCUUUGCCUCUCGGCCUGACGUCGCCGGUCGGCGCGACGCCGUCGAUUUUGGAACGCGGGGCACUGUUUUCGGCAUCAGCCAGCAGCCGUCGCUGCUGCCUAGCGUCUUUGCUGCGCUGCGUCAACCUCACACCCCGGCGAGGGACACUCCGUGGUCGCAGCGUCCUCUGUUUUCAUCCAGCAUCGCUUCUGGUGGUCGCGGCCCUGCCAUCUUCAGUCCUGCUUCUAACCACAGCUCUUCGGCCGACACGACAUUUAUCGACUCGCCUCCUUCGCCGCUGGCCCAGCGCCAAGAGAGAUACCUGCGCUCCCAGGCAGUACAGCCAUCUCUGGUGCAGCAAGCACAGCCCCGUGGAUACGCCGGCUCGCUCUUUUCCGUCCGAGCAGACCCGCUCCGGAACAGCACCAACACCAUCAUCAACACCAACACCAACGAAACCUUUCGUCCCAUGCACACGGUCCAGGUCAAGCAGCACCACCACCGCCACACCACCAGCAGCAGCAGCAGCCCCCGGCCCGGACAUGCGUCGUCCAGCAGGGCGAUCCACAACAUCAUGAACGGCUUCAGCCCAAACUACCAGGGCGACACGUCGCUGGCCAACAACCGGUCGGCCAACAUACCCGAGAGCGAGAGCUGCUCGCUCUUCAUCCUGGGCCUGCCGCCGACGCUGACCACGACGCAGCUGCUGGGGGCCAUCCGCAACGCCGGCCGCGUCUGGGCCUCGCACAUCAACCUGCCCGAGCCGUCGCGCGGCCACACCACCUGCGCCGCCAAGGUCAUCUUUUUCGAGAGGGCCGCCGCCCAGCGCUUCUACGCCGCCCACCAGCCCCACAACGGCGGCUUCGUCACCGACCCGUCCUCCGGCCUGCCGCCGGCCCGCGUCCUGUGGAACCGCAUCCGCUCCGCCGAGGUCGGAGGGGGCCCCGCCUCCUCCUCCUCCUCCUCCUCGUCCUCUAGCACCACCCCCGCAACAGCAGCAGCAGCAUCAGCAGCAGCAUCAGCAGCAGCAGCAGGGUUCAGCGGCGGGCCCGGGUCCGGCGGCAACAAGUCGCGCGUGCUGCUCAUCUACGGACCCCGGCCGCUGGUCAACGAGCCCUCGCUCACGGCCUACUUUGCCAGCAAGAUGGAGUUCCAGAUCGACCGCGCCUUUGAGCUGGCCAGCUGCGUCGACCCCGCCACCGGCCAGCUCAUGGUCCUGUUCGAGUACCGCUUCGGCAGCUUCCGGUGCCAGGCCGAGGCCGCCAAGAUGUCGCUCAGCCGCGAGUUCAAGGACGAGAUCAAGGUCUGGUACGGCGACGACCCGUGUGCCCCCGGCGCCGUCGACCCCGAUGUGCGCCACCGCAGUCCGGCCGUGAACCUGUGGCCUGCCGGUCCGCACGUCUCGCAGCCUCGCAUGUCUAAUAACUACUGGUGA